AUGGAAUCCUCGCGGUCCAUCGCCGAAUUAAAGUCGUCGUUCAUUAGGACGCAGGUCCGCAUCCUUUCGGAAAGCCUGGAAGCUCCAGAGGAUUGGAGAAGCUAUGCCGCGGAGCCCGCAGAGGAGGACCUGAGUGAUAAGGUAGUUGGGGAAGUGCUACAGAAGUUUAACGCGGCCUUGAAACAGCACAAUCGCGUUGUUUACUCCUCUCAGGCGAUCCAACAUGUAUCACAACAAAUUGCAAGUCUAUACUGGUCAUCCGUGAGUCAGGCUACUCGUGAGGUGACUUCGUUGGAAAGAGGUGUCGACAGAACUGUUGAUUUAUCCAGUCACCCAAAUAUUACCCAGCUCCCAGAAGAGCUCUACGACCGAUCAGCAAGCGAAGAUGAGCAGCUUAGGUACAAGCGCCUACGAGAACGUCUUGCGAACCUUGAUAGUCUGCGGCAACAGCGACAACGGCGCCGGGACCAAUUGCGACAGCUCCAUCAUCUCUUGGAGCCAUUUGACGAACCACAGAAUAAUAUUCAACCCAAUCUCGUCACAAGGGAUGGUGAACUGGUUCGAGAACUAGAGAAGAUGCGGAUGCUGGUCGCACGGGUCAGUGGUCGGAUAGCGCAGAGACCGACGGAUAAUGAUGGUGGAGGUGAUGCUUCAUAUGUGCUGGGACCGGAGCAGAAGCUUGCGGCGCUUCUAGACAUGGAUUGA